ACACAGGACGAUCUAUUCUUAGAACCAGAUCCAUUACCUUGGACUUCCCAGCUCACCCAGAGACACUGUAUCCAGUUUCAUCUCUCUCUGGGCUGUAGUGGAAGACAUACCCCAACCUCCUUAUUCAAAUGAAGAGUACAGAACAAGUAUGUUCUUACAAGUUUCUAACAUAGGGAUCUCCGCUGAGCAGGUUCAAGAAUUGAAUUAAGUGGCGAAUUCGGGUCCCGGAAAACCAAAUCUGCUUCCUCAGUUCUUCAAUGAGGUGAACUUAAGCAAUUACCUAAAAUAUGGAUACAGAUAUUGAUUUGGACAUUGAAGGAGUCACAGAAAGCUCAUGGUCCAUAAUCUCCCUGCUAGCAUCCUGCCUGAUGGUGUUUGGAGGAGUUGUUCCUUACAUCCCACAAUAUCAAGAAAUCCAGAGGACUUCCAACACUGAUGGGUUCUCAACACGUGUGUGCCUUGUUCUGCUGGUGGCUAAUAUUCUUAGGAUUUUCUUCUGGUUCGGAAAGCAAUUUGAGAUCACACUGCUUUUGCAGAGUCUAGUGAUGAUCCUUACUAUGCUGGCCAUGCUUCAUCUUUGUUGCUCUGUUCAAACAGCCAGCAGAAUUGUCACUAAACAGCAUCAUUUCACAGAUUUUGACCUGAGGUAUUUUUGGAGCUGGAGCCACACAGAAGACUACUUGUUGUUUUGCUUCUCCUUCACUGUACUGUGUGCCUUCAUUACCUUCCUCUUCCUCGACACGGUCCUCUUUGUGGAGACACUGGGAUUACUGGCAGUGCUUAUUGAAGCUAUGCUUGGUGUGCCACAGUUAAUACAGAAUUUCCAGAACCGGUCAACUCAGGGUAUGAGCAUUAAGAUGGUGUUGCUGUGGAUGGCAGGGGACAUCUAUAAAACGGCCUAUUUUAUUAUCAAGGAGACGCCAGCCCAGUUCUGGCUAUGUGGCAUCAUGCAGAUUUGUAUUGACAUCGCCAUUCUGCUCCAGGUGUUUUUUUAUGGACAAGGUGCUCAUGUAAAGUAUGGAUGAUAUCAAGAUUCAAAUCCAAGACACCUACUGGCAGGUCAGCUUGCAGAAAACUCAAGUCACCAAUACUGUGCCAGUAAGUGGACUUGAUAGGACUGCAUAUCAUUGGUACCAAUUUCAAACUUCUGAUGAUACAAAUUAAAGUCUUAAAUGUUAGCUCAAAAGUAAAGCUGGAAGGAAGGGCCGUCUUUGUUACAUUGUCACCCUUUCUGUUUUGUUUUUUUUUUAUUAUUAACAGUACCAACAACAUUAUUUAUUCAAAUGUAUGCAUAUUGUGAGUUAUGGGCACUGAAAGCAAAUAUCUGUUACUAUAAACAUAAUCAGUAGCUUUUUUUAUUGAACUUUUCCAGUUUCCUUAGCAGGUAACCCAACUGUCCAUUUGAAAAAUUUGCUUAAUUAUUGUUUUAUUGUUACAGACAGCAGGGCAGCCGUAGGCACAAGCCUGUCCAUCACGGAGCAGCUAUCAGUAGUCAAAGUAAAAAUUUGAAAAUUCAAAAUAUCGCUCUUGCACACGUUAUAUAUUAUCACUCUUAGAGUGGAGCAGCAAUUUUUCCAAUCCUGAAUAAACUUCACAGUAAGAAAAAGUGAAAACUAGUGCAAACAGUGUAAGGUUUAAACUCCCUGUCAAUGGGUAGGUAUGACAUACACCAUCAACACUGUGGCUUGACAUCUCCAGCCAUUUUGAUUUGAUUCCUAGCUAAAUGGAUGAGUCUAAAUUGACCCUGCCAUUGAGGGCAUGCUUACAAUUGCACAGUAUGCUUGACUGGGGCCUCUUCUAGUGAUGGGCAUUUCAAUUCAAUUUACUCAAUCGAUUCUUUCAAACUACCCAUUUAAGUUAACAAAUUCUUUUGAUUUAUUUGAUUCAUUUUUAGGGAUAGCUUAUGCUGUAGUUCCCUUGGGAUGGUUUAAUCCCCUCAAAAUCCCCUCUGAUCACACCAAAAAUAUAUAAUUUAUUAAUUCCUACAUCAGUUUCAUAUAUGUGAGAAUUAUUGGACUGAUUCUUGGGUAGUGAAUUGUUCAUGAAUCAAAUGAACGACAAUUGUUGGACUGAUUAUUGGUUUGUUCAGUGAGUCAGGUGAUUCUUGCACGUGCGCUAUUGACUUCUACCAGCAGGCAGCAGCAGUGAAACAGAAGACGAUGACAAUGUCACGCAGGAUACACUUGCGUUUUAGCUUUAGUCCCAUUGAGAUCCACUGAACUGAUUCGUUCAUGCUCACAAAUUAAUUUAUAUGAUUCACUGAAAAGAGUUGUUGAAAAAGAACAAAUUGUUCACAAGUCCCCCAUCACUAGUCCCUUCCAGGCUUGGCUCCUGACUUGCAUUCAUUUCUACCUGGGCAGACUUUAGCUGCCUGUAAAAAGUGAGGCCAAAAACUGUAUGGCUAUAUUAAUAAUAAUAAUAUUACUAUUAUUGUCAAUGAUAAAAUACCACAUAUUUAUCUGGUUGGUCAAAUUAUUUCCUUUUUUUUCCCCUCAUAUCUUUAUACAAACUAACAAUAAAAUUGGUUGAUCAUUGUAUGUUCUUGGGACUGAAGAGGCUUGAGUUGAUUUCCCUUUUUCCAAUACUCCCUACUUAGACCUUCCUCAAUUUUAAUGUUGUGCACUUUAAGUGUUGCUGGUGUAUAACUGAUCUAGAUCUCUGAUGGAUACCUGUGUGAAAAUCCAAUUUAAUGCCAACAAAAAGGAAAACUGUAAAUGAAACACACACUUGAUGGUGCUUUCUGUUUGGGACAAUUCCCUUGAAACAGUGCUCUUUAAGGGAUGCAUUUUUUCUCCCUCUCUCUCUCUCUCGUGCUCUUCAUGACAGUCGGGUCCCUUUAAUACCUAGCAGACCAGAAGAGGUGGGCUUGUCUUGGCUUCUUUACCCUCAAGGGGUGUUUUUUUGUUACACUCAAGGACUGUGAGGGGAAAAAGGAAACAAGACUAUUAGGGACAGCACCCCCUUUCAUCCUGGGGUAGUACCACAUGCCAUACGUGAGCUAGGAAGGUGACCAUGUGUGACAACAUAGGGUAAAUUCAUUUAAUACCAUAAAAACCAUGCACAGUCCCUAUACAUUAGUUCCUGUAAUUGCCAGGUGGAUGAAUAGAAUAAAAAAUAGUAAACUUUCCUUUGCUGUAAAGAUUUUUCAGAUUAUGAAUAAACAAUGGUGCUAAAUUUCCUUUUUAUAUUUAAUUCUUAAAAUGUGUUAGAGCUCUGUAUUGACAUAUUCAUGGACAGAAUUCCAUUUUAUGUUUAUGUUCAGGGGUGUGCACCAGUAUUAUGUGUGUUAUAAUUACUGUGGCGACUUUCUCAAUAAUUGUAAAGUAUCAGUAUCAACAAAACAGAUGCUAAUCUGAUGAUUUACUGCUCAGAUUACAAAUGACUGAAUUCAAAUUGUACAAAAUUUUGAACAGCUACUAUAUUCAUCAACAAAUCUGACCCUAAUACUGUUGAUGUUGUCAUCAUGUAGCUUUUAAAGUUUAAUUCGAGCCAGCCUUGUGUUUAUUUACCGUAGACCUCACAUGUUUUAUAGAUGCACACUGUAUGGGAAAAUUGCUAAUCUGAAUUCUAUCACAGAGUCUUCAAAGUCUAAAAAUGGGUCUGAAUCUGACUAGGGGGAGUUUACCCGCAUCCUUCAGGCUCUAAACUAUUGAAGUCUGGAAAAAUGUGCAUGUGUGCAGUAGUGUGCCCUACCAUGACCUGGCGAUUGUCAAAAUGGAUUAAUCAGGCCCAGUAAAUGCCUGGAAUGAAGGCUCAUCAUGAGAGUAGUACCGGUGUGUCCAUCAGUUUACAAAGUGGAUGUACAAUGACAGAAUCUGAAGAUUGUUCCCUUUCCAUAUUGUUUUUUUUUCUUGUGUAAAAAAAAUCCAAAAGGGUGGUUAUUACUUAAAAUGUACUGUUGUGUUUUUGAUGCUUUCUGUAUAUUUGUAAUACUGAUAGACUGGAGUCUGGGGAAAGUCUACCCAAAGAAAAAUACAGCGCCAGUAAAUAACCAUUAUAUACCUACACCAUGCCAUUUUCUAAGCCUGCUUACUUCUGAGCAGGGUCAUGUGGCAACAAGUAUAUAAUAAACCAAAAACAAUGUCUGUAAAUGUUUUACAAUUAAAAGAUUUUAUAUGUAAACCUCAA